AUGACAAAAGUUAUUGAAAGGAGAAUACCAACAACGAGAUAUCUUGAUACCAUAAACGUGAUGGACGAAAGUCACAAACAAAUUUAUAAAAUUACAUCCAACGUUUCAUUCGAAAACGGAACGACAAGCCAAGCGGCAGACCAACUAUCAUGGUUACAUACACCGACAGCAUCACAAGACAUCGAAACAUACGAUAUUACUAAAAAUAAAAAAUUAACGACAAAUAUAACUAGCAAUGUGACACUAACACAAUUACAUACGCCACAACAUAAAAUAAUAACAUCAACACCAAAAGAAAAAGAGAGCGAGAAAAAUACUGCGAGAGAAGAAAAAGAAAGAAAGCAACAGCAACAGUCAACAUCCAAGCACGACGAAAGGGAAAGAAAAAAAAGAGUGGAAAAUCAACCCCACGCGAAAAAAAGGAAAGAAAAAGAUCCCGAGAUGUCCGAGGAAGACCAACUACACGCAGCACCUAGCAAAACAAGAAGAUUAACAAUAAAAGAAAAUAAUAGCAGCAGCAAUUCGGAAUCAUUCAAGAAUAACCACGAACAAGAACAACGCGCAACAAAAUCAAAGACGCCGAGAAAAAAUAAACAAACUAGCAAAAAAAAUAAUAAACGCAUAAGGAUAUAUACCGAGCAGCAAAAAAUUGCUAUGGCAGCGCGUAGAAGAGAAAGAAAAGAAGCAAACAUAAAAAACCCGAACAUGAGACGGAAUACAAGACACUACUUGCGAGAUGAAAAAACUGGACGAUAUAAAUUAAUGACAGCUGACGACAUACGACCUGACGAAACAGAAACGUCCGUGAUACCGAAAGACCUUGAAUUAAAUAAAGAUCUACCGAGAAUAGCAAAUAUCGAAAUAACAGACUCCAGAAAACCAUUUAUCAAAAUAAAAAGAGUCAAAAUGAUAAGAAAAUGUAAACCAGCAAGUUACAAACCCGUAACAAAAUUCCUCCAACUUCCGAGAGAUAUACUCAACCUUUCCAAAAUACUCACCUUCUCCACAAACAACCACCCAUCACCUCUUUCAAAAUUCCGGCCACAAAUAAAUUUGUGCCCGAAAUUGACGGGGAAUUUGUCACCGCCGACGACCAGCAAUUUCACUUUGUUCCCGAUUAAAUUACAGAUGCUAAAGGGCGUAUACAGCGAGAUGCUAAAGGGCGAUUCAACCAGUGUAAACCCCGACAAAAAUAUGUCUGAUGUGAAAAUUGAAACGAUCAUCGAGAAAAUAAAAAGCAAAAACGACACCGAACAACCAACCAGGGCGGAUACGUCAACGCCAAGAACGAGAGAAAGAGACAGCAACGCAGAACCCUCAACGCCGCAGAGGGCCGUCACGCCAAGAUACGUGACAACGCAGCAGAAGAGAGGCGAACACGAGGCAGACCAGCAACCUGUCAUCCAAACGCGCGUCAGCAAUGACAAAUAA